GUUCCCUACACUCGACGGAAGAGUUGUAUCGCCGUACAAUAGACCAUUUUCGUAAAGUAACCAAAUGUAAUGCAUGAAGUGCCUCAAUACAAAUUAUUUCAUUCACCUGAUAAGAAUAAUAAUAUUUCAAUAGACAAAAUCCGAACUGCAUAAAUUAUUGAUCUCGGUCGAGUGAAUUCUCCCGUCCUCUUUGCCUUCCGUGGCGUUGUUUAAUCGCCCUAAUAGCUAACAUGAACUUACACACCUUAAAUUCGAAUGAAAAUAAUGGACUCGCAGAGCAGACCACGACCAAAGAAGCGAUGGCUGAUUCUUGUGGGACUCUUUGCCGUCGGAUAUUUUGACAUCGGAACGUUAAAAUCGUUGGGCGUGUUCCUUGAGGAAAUGACGGACGACUUGCAAACGUCUCUCGCUGUCGUCGGAGUAGCCAUUGGACUAUGUCAUGGCAUAGCGCAUUGCUUUGCGGUUGUAAAUGUUCCUCUAUUAAAGCGGUUUUCAGCAGGAAAACUCAUCAUUACAGGCAGUAGCAUUGCCGCUACAGGACUCAGCCUCAUUUAUUUUGCAACAUCUGGAAUACACUUUCUACUGCUAAUGCUUUUAACAGGGUUUGGUUCUAGCGUCGUCAUUUUGCCUUCUCACGCAUGUGUCAUUGACUACUUUCCAGAUCACUUCGAGAUCGCUACAACCAUUGUCCUCCUGGGCAGCGGUGUAGGUAUGAUGACGCUCCCAUUGCUUACAGAACAGCUCGUCAUGGCAUACUCCUGGAGAGGAGCGAUCCUUAUUCUAGGGGCCUUAAACUUGCAUUCGUGUGUGACGGGGCUACUAAUGGCGUCAAGUAGUCAACAAAGGCGUGUAUUAGGAGAACCUUCAACUUUAGCCGGCAGAGCUCAGAUCGGGGAAGACCAUGAAGAACUUGUGUCCCUGAUAAACGAACCUGCAACUGUUGACCCACAUUACAUAGCUGAUGAUCGCAAUGACGAUGGGGUCUUUUGCUUUAUCGCCAUAAUCGCCAGAGCUGCCAAAAAGAUAUUCCUGGAUAUUUUCGAUAUUAAAGUCUUCCGUGAUUGCCCCCGCUUUAUCACAAUCUGCAUGACCCACUUUAUUUUAGCCGUCUCCUUCUACGGGUGGAUCGUCUUCUUGAUUCCCAAUGCCGAAGCCAAGGGUAUCAGUCCCGGCAGAGCCGUCCUACUCACAACCAUUGGCGGGGCUGCGAACAUCUUUGGAAGGCUCACAGUAGGUUUCCAGGCUGCAAGGCUCAAUCUGAAACCCCAGGUCACCUACUGUUUCAUCUCCAUCGUAUCAGCAGGGGCGUUCUUCUGUAAUUUCUUCACUAAAAGAUUUUCGAUUCUUAGCUGUUUAGCAGCCAUAAAUGGUUUCGCAAUAGGUGGGAAAGUCAUGAGUUUCAACCUUCUGUGUAAGGACAGUGUCUCGGACGAAAGGUACCCAGCUGCAUUGUCUUUCUCAUCACUCGCCGUUGGUAUAGGGGAGGCAGUCGGGGCGUUGUUCAUUGGGCUUCUGUACGAUUACACCAAGUCUUUUGAUAUCAUGUUCUGUGUGCUUGGAGCAGCUAAUAUAUUGGAGUCCUGUAUCAUCAUUUCUCCCAUCAUCAUGGAUUGGAUGGUCGCCAUGGUUACCCCCCGUUAAUGAAGGGCAGGAGGUACAAUUUCUGGUGCCAGUUAUCGUUAUUGGCAUAGCUAGGGGUCCUAUUCACCCGCACCGCAUGGGAGGAAAACGGAGGGACAAACAUAGCCAAAUGGGAAAAUAACCGUCAAUGUGCUUCAUGGAAUGAUAUAUUUUUACGGUUAACAGGAAGAAAAAAUAUAGUCUAUAUUUAAAGGGAUCCGGUAACUUUGU